AGAGGGCUGGUUUGAGUGACUGAAGGCAAGAUGCAGGACCCCAAUGCAGACACCGAGUGGAAUGACAUCCUACGUAAAAAGGGCAUCCUUCCCCCGAAGGAGAGCCUGAAGGAGCUGGAGGAGGAGGAGGCGGAGAAGGAGGAGCAGCUCCUCCAGCAGUCAGUGGUGAAAACAUACGAGGACAUGACUCUGGAAGAGCUGGAGGAGAACGAGGAUGAGUUCAGUGAGGAGGAUGAACGAGCUAUCGAGAUGUACCGGCAACAGAGGUUGGCUGAGUGGAAAGCAACUCAGCUGAAGAACAAAUUUGGAGAAGUUUUAGAGAUCUCAGGAAAGGACUAUGUUCAAGAAGUUACGAAAGCCGGCGAGGGCCUGUGGGUGAUCUUACACCUGUACAAACAAGGGAUUCCCCUCUGUUCCUUGAUAAACCAUCACUUGAGUGGACUCGCCAGGAAGUUUCCCGAUGUGAAAUUUAUCAAAGCCAUUUCAACGACCUGCAUACCCAACUACCCCGACAGGAAUCUCCCCACGGUGUUCGUCUACCGGGAAGGGGAUAUCAAGGCACAGUUCAUUGGUCCUCUGGUGUUCGGUGGCAUGAACCUGACCAUAGACGAGUUGGAGUGGAAACUGUCUGAGUCAGGAGCGAUCAAGACAGCCCUGGAGGAGAACCCCAAGAAGCCCAUCCAGGACCUGCUGCUGUCCUCAGUCCGGGGCCCUGUCCCCAUGAGGAGGGACAGUGAUUCUGAGGACGACUAAGAUGGCAGUGAUGGAACCUUUGAACCUUCUUGAUAUGACGCAUUGUCUGGGUUUUUUAUAAGGAGGGAAAAGCAAAAUGUAUCAUUUUGGUUUUUAACCUUUUUAUAAUUAUUUAAAUUUUAUACAUUUCGGAUAUAAUCAUUGCUGAACUUUUUUAAGAAAUUUGUUGGAACUCUUUAAUUAAUCAUGUUUCUUUAAGAGAAAUUUAAGCAAGCUUGUUAUGUCACAUAUCUAUGUUUUCCUAUGUGUAUUUCAGGAAACCAUGAAACUGUUCAGUAUUUUUUGACAUGUAACUCUAUAGAAAGGAAUGUGGACUUAAAAAAUAUAAUGCGAAUAAAUUUAAGUUAAAAUCUCUAUAAAAAAUAACAGUGCAAAAAAUGAGAACUCAGCUUUCUAGUUAGAUCGUUCGUUUUCCUUUUGUAAAGCUAGCAAAAGGAGUAUCAGCUAAAAGAAAUGGCUGAUAAUUUUGAGACAGAUACUGAUUUAUCAAAUUAGCUGACAGAUUUCAGCUCACUGCCAUGUCUGUUUGCUUUCAGCCCAGUCUUCCAGGUAAACUAAUGUUCUCUAUGGCUGUUAAGACACCAGCUAUUCUUUGUAGUGGCACAUGCCUUUAAUCUCAGCACUGGGAGACAGGGGCAGGCAGGUCAUGUGAGAUCAAGGCCAGUCUGGUUUGCAUAGUUACCAGCUAGCCAGGGCUGCGUUACCAAGACCCUGUCUCCAAACCAAGCAGCUCUUCUUGGCUGUAAGGUCCUGUUAGAGUUGGUUUGGGGGAAUAAGGUUUAAGCAGAUACAUAUAUAAGCUCUAUCCCAGUCGAUUUGUAAAAAUAUUUCAGGAUAUCCUGUAAAGUGACAAUGAAAGCCGAAAAAUAUCUAUAAUAUUUUUGUUGAAUGCUAUACCCUGUAUAGCUGAUUGGAAUCUUAGAGAUAAGAGUCUAAGAAUACAGGGUUUACUC